ACGUGAGGGGAGCGACACAGUGAGCACAACAGCCCACACAACAGAGCGCGAAACGUCUCCAUGUAGACAGCAAAGAGCGAAGCUGGUCGGCUGGUAGACGGUGCUUGGAGGCUAAGGCUAAGCUAACGUCGCCAGACGGGAAGCAGCAUGAACGAAACACCUUAUCGUGACCCAUGUAACCAGGGCGACGGCAGGCAUAACUUUUGCGCGUAUUUCUUGCCCUUAUCAGUGAUUAUCGGUGAUACUGGCGCCUGAGUUUGGAGAAAUGUAACUCUGUUUGAAGAAAAACUCCAUCCUAGGAUUAUUAAAUGAUGAUUACAAAUAACUUGAUAUCUAAUAACUCACGGUAUUAUCAGUUCAGUGCCAUUUCUUGUGCUAAGUAAAUGUUAGUUUCGUCGUGACAUGCAUGCCCAUGUCUCCGACUGGCUUACGGCUGGUGUUACAUGCCUAUCAAUGAAAAAACGUUAGGAGUGUGCAGUGGUUACUUGUCGGGAGUGGUUCAGUCCGGGCUGCAUGAUGUGUAAAAUGUCUGCUUUGUGGAAAUCGACUUAUUACAACUGGUGUGGUCACGAUGCCAAAAUUAUGACUUCGAUACGAUACCUGCCUAAAUAUCUCGAUACCGAUACCACGAGCCUCUUCUCAUUCAUUUUCAUUUUAAAAUCUAAAUAGAAAACUAGAAAAUGUGCUCCGUAGAGUACAGACCUCUGCCAAGGAGGCCCAUUGAGUCAUUUGUGUUCAGUCCACGUUAGUGCACUCCAGUGGUGUGCAGGCUAAUGAUCCUGGGUUUGAGCGUCAUCACCAUGAAGCACCAGACUUUCAGUUAAUGUCAUUUAUGUUUAUUAUUUUCAUGCUCAGUAAAAUUGUAGUUUACAUGCUGUUAAGUGUUUUCAUAUGUGUUUUUUCAUACACGUAGGUGUGUUUUUGACAAUGAAUUAGUUCAUUAAUAACAUCAGUAACUGGAUCAUUGUGAAUAAUUAGAUCAAGGUCAAAGUGUUACCAAAGCUUUUACGUUGUAUGUAGUAUUUUGAUGUCCCAUUACUUGAGUUUAUGUGAUUUCUUUGAUAGUGAACUUUAUAUUUGCAACCAGAUAUCACGUAUUGAACAGCGUUUAAUAAGACUCAGUACAGCUCCUUGGCGGAGUUCGCCAGGUUUCUAGUAAUAUAAAUAAUUAUUGACAAAAACGUACAUGACAUGAUUACCAUUACCAGUACUGACUGAGUAUAAAUUGAUCAUUUUUAACUGGUGGUGUUGGUCUGUAAACUUGUGAACGGCUGUUUUUUAGCAUCUUAAAUUAUGGUAAAGUUAACUUUACCAGUGUGAACGUUGCAUUUGCAUCUAGAGAUGUUUUUGCCACAUUGGUAAGUUAGCUAAAAAGAUUAAGCCAGAUUAAACAGUUAUCAUUCCCCUCUACUGCCUCAUCAAACCCCAAUGGUGAAGAAGAUUUGCUUGUCACAAAGUAAAUCGCAUGCGAGACCAUUCUAGUGUCAGUGUACUGUGCAACACUAAUUACAACGUCCGCAAAAGUUUUCUGAAAUUACAUGGAAAAAGUAAACAUUCCAAACGAUCGUGUAUGCAUAUCUGAAAGUUGUUGCAAGAAGAAGGAGUUUGCCCUGUCAAAUCAUAUCAAAGUUGUGCACCAUGACAACAGACUCCUCACUCCUCAACUCUGAACUGGAGUUACAGCAGCAAGAGGAGCUGUAUCAGCAGCUGCUGUCACAGACAAUGGGGAAGAUGCAGACUGAAAGUCCAGACUCUAAGGUUAUCCGACCACAACCUGGCAUGUGUGUGAAGACUCUCUCAGAGCCAGACAAGCAGAAGGUCUUUGUCAACAUUUGUCAGUCAAACUCAGUCCCGCCUCCUCCAGAACUCUCAAGAGAGGAGCUUGUGGAGCUGCUCCAAUCAGAAGACCCCAGUGGCUACAGAGUUCCCAUGAGCCUCGGCGAGCCACACACAGAAGUAGACAACAGCUCUCAGGGUUGCACAGCCUAUGACGUGGUCAUCAACCAGGAGUUCUUCCAGAGGUGUCAGAAGGAUCCCUUGUUCCAGCAGUUUGUUAUUCUGGUGUCUUUAGAGGGUUUGGAGAACAAAUACAACCUAGAGCUCAGUAGAGACUGGAAGGUACUGAAGAACAGAAAGUUCUUGGGUUCUGUUUGCGAGCAGAACAUCCGGACAAAGAGCAGGCCGGUGAUUCAAGAGCUGCAGCCUCGGGAGAGCUCCACUGCUACAGCCAAAAGACCAGAGUUCACUUUGCUUGUGGAGCCUCCUGCUGGUGAACCUGAGUACCUCGUUGCAGAAAUAGAGCUGCCUGGGGUGCCCUCGUCUCGCUCUCUGGUUCUGGACGUCGGAGAAGACCGAUUGGUGUUGACGGCCCGGCCCUCGCUCUUCAAACUCGACAUCUUCCACCCCUUCCUCAUCGAUCAGGAGAACAGUGUGGCACAGUACAACAACAGCACUGAGAUCCUUACAGUCACUAUGCCUGUGGUGUCUUCAUGAAACUGGAGUCGUCCAGUGUGUCCAGUUAUUUAUUGUUGUUGUUCAAAAAUUACGCUGUGCUAAUAAAAGAGUCUUUUUAUAA